AUGCUGGGCCAGGAGCUGUGGACGAACGCGAUGUGGCGCCAAUGGCUGAACAUGUCGUCCUCAUCACGCGGACCAUUGAUCGUUUGGGCGUGCUUACCGGAUCAGCCCGAUCUAUCCAACGUCUACAAUGUUCUCGCCCAGAUCGGCUGCGACAACAUCUCGUUCGUGACAGACAUUGGGCGCAUUGCCCAUUUGCCCCGCGAGGACAGCCCGUUGAUGGGUGAGAAAGAGCAAGGAGAGAAGGAGAAUGAGCAACAAAAUGGAUCACACAGACCGGCCAGCAGUCAUACAGUCAGCUUCAGUGACUCAUCGUGCUCAAGGAGUAUCACGCCGCCCUCCUGUACCACCGCAACAACCCUUCCCGACCGGGAACCCUCGCCGAUUAAGAGCGAGCCCUCGGAUGACGGUGCCGAGGACGACGAGCUGGCCAUCGGCUCGCCAACCAUGGAUGAUGACGAUGAGCCUGAAAGGGAGCAGCCCCAGAUGAACCUGAAUCUAACGGCCAUCGCGAACUACCUGGGUCAAGCACAUAUGCUCUCCGCCCUCACGCCACCUAAGGAUGAGCCAGUCACAGAAGCCGGCACCUCGGUUGAUCUCUCCUUCUUGCGCAACGUCCCCUCUGCCGACGGCAAAGAUAAAUGUGUUACAUGCCAGAUUUGCGAAAAGUCCUUCUCCCGAAAUGCCCGCAACGUCUCCCGCCACGCCGCCACCCACUUCCCACGAGCAGCGGCUAGAUACACUUGCGGAAAAUGUGGCGAGGCUUUUGGACGAAACGACCGCGCCAAGUACCAUGUUGACACGAAGCACGGCGGCCGGGCAGAACUCCACGAUAAAGCAAAAGAUUCCGAAUAUUCUGACGAAUGGGUGAAGGCCGUCAAGCAAUGUUUCCCCGGCUUCGACUUUUCGCCCCGGGAUACGCACACGCGGAACUCGUUGAGUGACCCCGAAUCGGUGCCCCUCAGCCUGACGCCGAUGCCGAAUCCGUUGAGCGUCACGCAGCUCGUCCCGACUGUCGCCACGCCGGCCGAGACGAUGACGACAAAGAUUGGAUGCGGGCUGUGUGCAUGGACGAUGUUCCCGACGUCGCCAACUUCCUUCGCCAUCGAGCACGCCGCCACCCACUGCCCGACCCUAUUCACCUGCGACCAGUGCGGCGAGCAGGGCGACGCCAAGGCCGACAUGGAGGCCCACGUCUCGCAACGACACAACGGCAACGGACGGCUCAUCGACUCUAGCGUCAAAGGCGACCAACGACUCAAAGAGCUGGCCAUCAUGUGCUUCCCCUCCCGGGCCGACGACAUGGACAAGGCGUUCGAAGAGCGCGCCCGCACCGUCUCCAAGCGCCGGCGGAUUGACACACUUUUUGAGACAAAGAAGAAGGCAAAGGUCGUC